UGUUCAUUCUAAUUCAAAAUCAUUGUUAAUAAAAAGAAGAAUUGCUAUGUUAUUAACGUAUGCCAAUAAUAUUGUUGAGCCAGGAAAAGUAGCCUGGAGCCAUGCGCUUGACUGCCUCCAAUUCCACUAGCACUAUAAGAUGCCAUUUGAAACAAGCUUCAGGACAUUGUUUCACGACCGGCAGUUAGAUUUUUCUCCAACUUUUCCCCCCUAGUAUGCGGAAUCGUUCUCGGUCUGCGUCUCGCUGCAGCUGUGACUUCUCAAUGGAGAUCAUUGUAGCGACAACACGUAGUUGGAGCUAGGGAGCUGAGCAGCACAGUUAUUGCAAUCACGUUGAACGCGCCACUCACUGUCUGUGGCAGUGGCAUCGUCCGGACGGUGUGAGAGAGAGGAAGACAUCAAACGACAGUAGUGGUAAGGGGAGGUUUAUAAGAUGUUACAGCGCGGCUUUCUCAACACUUCGACUGUGGCAAUGCCUUUACAAUGUGUUGGAUUCUUUUUUGGAGCAUUGGCUAUGUGAUUGCGGGUUCCUUUUGAGUGCGUUCCAGAGAGGAAAAGGCUCCAAUUAUCAACUGCAGGUGUGAAGUAGACGUGUUCUGACACCUUGGCAACCAGCAAUCACAAUCCAUCCGUCUGUCUGCUGAAGGAUACACUUGCUCGUUAAACACCACCUGGAGUGUCUCUUCUGUUCAACCCUCCAGUUACUCAGUGAAUGGUGGACAACGCUGGUGAAUGGUGGACAACGCUGGUGGAUGGUGGACAACGCUGGUGGAUGGUGGGACAACGCUUCUUCUUGAGUCUUUUCCAGUAAAAUUUCAACGAACAAAUUGUAUCACAAAGAUGCGACUGAACUGUCCCCCCAUGUGGAGUGUGAUUAGCGUGUUGAUUGUGCUCGUACCCAUUUGGGAGAUGGGCUGCUCUGGCCUGACCUUGAACUCAGUGCCCCUGCAUCAGGUCAGGAUGUACCAAAGGAGCGGCGAAGGGGGUGCACACCACAGGCAGAGGCGCAGCUGGGUGUGGAACCAGUUCUUUGUGCUGGAGGAGUACAUGGGGGACGAGCCACUCUACGUGGGCAAGCUGCACUCGGACGUGGACAAGGGUGAAGGCCAGGUGAAGUACGUACUCAAUGGAGAGGGAGCUACCUCCAUCUUCACCAUCGACGAGAACACGGGUGACAUCCACGCCACCAAGCGCCUGGACCGCGAGGAGCAGGCUUACUACACGCUCCGGGCUCAAGCCAGGCACCGCCACACCAACCUGCCCGUGGAGCCAGAGUCUGAGUUCGUCAUCAAGGUCCAGGAUAUUAACGACAAUGAACCCAAGUUCCUGGAUGGACCCUACUCAGCCAGGGUCCCCGAGAUGUCCCCAGUGGGCACAUCUGUGGUGACGGUGGUGGCGACAGAUGCGGACGACCCCACGUAUGGAAACAGUGCCAGGGUGGUGUACAGUAUCCUUGAGGGCCAGCCCUACUUCUCCGUGGAACCAAGAACAGGCGUGGUCAGGACGGCUCUGCCCAACAUGGACCGCGAGGCUCGGGAACAGUAUCUGCUCGUCAUCCAGGCCAAGGACAUGGUGGGCCAGAUGGGAGGACUCUCCGGGACCACCUCUGUCACGGUGACGCUCACUGACGUCAACGACAACCCACCACACUUCUCUCGCAAAAGUUAUCAGUUCAAUGUGCCCGAGUCCCUGCCGUUGGCCACGACGGUAGCCAAGAUAAAGGCGCUAGACUCAGAUGUGGGACCCAAUGCUGAGAUGGAGUACAGGAUCGUGGAUGGGGACGGCCUGGGACUGUUCCGAAUCACCCCCGACCCAGACACACAGGAGGGCCUCAUCACUCUGCAAAAGGGCCUGGACUUUGAGACCAAGUCGAGCUACACCCUGCGUGUCGAGGCGUCCAAUAGAAACAUCGACCUGCGAUUCCUGUCCCUGGGGCCGUUUAGCGACACAGCGACAGUGCGCCUCAACGUGCAGAACGUGGACGAGCCGCCCGUCUUCUCCUCGCCGUUCAGCAAGAUGGUAAUCUCGGAGGAGGCAACGGUAGGCACCACCAUCGGGACCAUCUUCGCACACGACCCAGACUCCACCAACAGUCCCAUCAGGUACUCUAUAGACCGCAACACCGACUUGGAGCGUUUCUUCAACAUAGACGCCACCACCGGUGUCAUCAGCACCGCCAAGCCGCUGGACAGAGAAGUCAACGCCGUACACACCAUCACCAUCUUCGCCACGGAGAUCCUGGACCCAUUGCAAGUGGGAAAGGGUGUCGUUCUGAUCACUGUGACGGACAUCAAUGACAACGCGCCUGUCUUCGCCAUCGAGUACGAGACCUACCUUUGUGAGAGUGCCAGACCUGGACAAGUCAUUGAGACCAUCAGUGCUGUUGACCGAGACCAGCCUCAGAGUGGACACCGCUUCUUCUUCUCUCUGACCGCUGACGCUGCUGGGAAUUUCAACUUCACCCUGAGAGACAACAAAGACAACACCGCUUCUGUGCUGACCAAGCGAGGGGGUUUCCAGCGCCGCCACCAGAACGUGUACCGCCUCCCCGUCCUCAUCAUGGACAAUGGGAGCCCCGCCCUCAGCAGCACCAACACCCUGUCCAUCCGGGUGUGUGACUGUGACCCUGAUGGGAUCCCCCAGUCAUGUGGGAGUGAGAACUCCAUGCUCUCAGCGGGCCUCAGCACCGGGGCCCUCAUUGCCAUCCUGGCCUGCAUCCUCACACUACUGGUGCUGGUCCUGUUGAUCAUCACCAUGCAGCGACGGAGGAAGAAGGAGCCCUUGAUCCUGGACGAGGAGCGUGACGUGCGCGAGAACAUUGUGCGCUACGACGACGAGGGCGGCGGCGAGGAGGACACCGAGGCCUUCGACAUGGUCGCUCUGCGCAACCUCAACGUCGUCCGCGAGAGCGGCAGCAAGAACCGCCGUGACGUCACCCCAGAAGUGCCCACCCUCUUCUCGUCUUCCCGGCCACCGCCGGACAACGGCAUCUUCCGCGAGUUCAUCUGGGACCGGCUGAAGGAGGCCGACGUGGACCCGUCAGCACCGCCCUACGACUCACUGCAGACGUACGCCUUCGAGGGCAGCGGCUCAGCCGCAGAGUCCCUCAGCUCGCUGGAUUCGCUGAGCAUGGACUCAGAGCAGAACUACGACUACCUUAGCGACUGGGGGCCACGCUUCAAGAAACUGGCAGACCUCUAUGGCCACAACGACGGCGGCAACCUCUUCGUCUCUUAGCCCUCGGUUGAGCCCCGCCGAAACCAUCAGUGCGGACAACAGAACAAACAAGUGAAGGAAACGGAAGGAUAUGAAUAAGGAUACAAGAAAGGACAUUUUAGAUGACGAUAGGAUGAUGCUGUACUCUGAGAGGACAUUUUGAUUGGUGUGUAUAAAUGCAUCAAUGUAGGUUGAGAAUAAACUGUAGGAUGGUGGUUUUCCAUUCAAAAAUGUUUUUUUUUUGGGGCACUCUACAUACUGGCUGGAUUUUUCAAAGAAAGACAUUUUGGAGAUUUUGUUAGUAAUGUUUUAACAUGAUGUAAAUGGUGCAAAGCUUAAAAUGUUGGGACGGUCUCCAGACCCGUUUGGAAGGACCUCAACGCACAAAUGUCCAGACUUUCGCAUGUCACAAUGAUGUUCAAACGGGACGAGGAGUGAACCGAUAUCUAUGCUUCAGUGGUGUUACAACAGUGACAUUUUCAAGUACAACAUCUUGUCAUGGUGAAAUAAAUAGCCUGACCUCUUCAACUGGCCCUGUAGUCUGUCCCAGGGUUCACUAUGAUCUGUAACAUUUGUUUCAAACGGAUAUUUAGGGGUUCACAGCUUUGCUGUUAAACCUAUUGUUAUUCUUAGAUUAUAAUGUUUUCCUUGACAUGGUAAAAAUAACUCAAGCUUAGAUUGAUAACUUUUGUUUGAAUUUGGCACACAGAAACUAGAGGCCAUGAGUAACCUGGUUUAAAAGAAUGGUAUUGAUUGACCUAUAGGUGGCGCUGUUAUACGCAGUCUCACUUAAACCGUCAUAUCCGCCGCCCAGUUUGACCUACAGUCUUUAAACUUUGUAUGUAGGUGUCUUUCCUCAUGCUGAACAAAUUUACCUCAAGGACCCAUAAGGCCAGCCAGGAUAGAUUUUCCUUCAUCUUGGACAUUUUGGAAAACCUUUGAAAAACGUAUGCUCAUGAUAAAAAUAACAUAAAUAAGGGAUUGGCUAACAGGGCUGAGUAAUUAUUAAAUCUAGAAAUCUGAUUUACUUGUCCAUUUAAAUCCUUUGUAAAUCCAUUUCACAAUGACCUGUCAAUUUGUAACUUGUUAAGUUUGACAUUGAUAUUGUUAAAGGCCGAAUUGAGCUGUUUUUAUAUCAAUAUCAAAUAAUUUCUUGUUAACAAUUAAAUACCUUACUGUAAUAGAUUUCCAUUGAAAUGGACAACAAUAGCUUUUUAGCAAAUAACUAUUUCUCAAGCAAGAAGGAUUUUCUGGGAGUGGUGUAAGUGGGGAUUGGAAAACUCAAAACGAGCUGUUAUUGGCAGGGAGGUUUGGAACUCUUUGUUAUUGGUCCAUUAACCAAUUUACCGCCUGGUGAUGUCACCAGGUGGUAAAUUGAACUCCCGCCCAUGCAAACCUUCUGAUUACAACAUUCAGUGUAGAUUGUAUUUUCAAAGAGUUAUUGACAAAUAAAAAUUUGGAUGUAACUUUUUUUUUUACUACAAAUCUAUUCCACAGUGGCCUAUCAAAGUGAAACUAUUAUUGACAUCCCUAAAACGAACCACACGGAAUUAUUAUUAAAUCACUAUUUUCAUAUGUACCACUAAUGCUCAAAACCACAUUCUCCUCAUCAAACCAUAUGUCACUUUCACUCCAUAUUUUGAUUGCACUUAAAGGAAGAUCCUUCCUGCAUGAUAGAGUGCUUUGUUAUUCAAUUGAUCUUGUGUCCUUUGUCAUCCUGUGAACCCUGUUCAUUGCUGCUGGCAGGCAGUUAAAUUUAUGGAACAGAUUCUCAAAACAGGAUAACUCCUUAUGGAUUUUACAACAGGUUUUCAUCAAUGGUGGAUUUGAUCAAUUCAGGCUUACUCUGGUCCAUAGUCAGUAGGGCUCACCGUAGCAACAUUUUUUGAAACAGAAAUGGGUGUUUCUUAUUCGACUGGUAGUCCAGUAGUCUCUCCCUUUUCUUCCAUUUGGUGCCUAACGAACACGGUCAUGGUCAUGAUCUACAAUCCUAUAACGGUAUCGACCUGUCCGAUUUGUCCACUCUCACGCUCAAGUUUCCACGUGCUUAGAUUGGCACAAGGCCUCUGAAGUUCCGAAUGAACGUGCUUAGAGUGUCGCAAUGCCUCUGAACGGUGUAGCAGGGAAGGUGAGAUACGGCAAAGAGACACUGGGGUUGGGUGGGUAGCGAUGAAGAAAACACUACCAUGUCAGAGCCUGGAAGCCUUGUAAACAUCUGCAGUGAAUGCACCGUAUAGGUAAGUUGAAAAUGUAAAGCUGUUGUGAUUGUUUUUAUCUAUUCUAUGAGGUGUUCUAGCAACCAUGAUGGUUAAAAUUGUUUUUCAGUUGUUGAUUUUUUUUUAAGGAAGCAUAGCUGUAACAGCAUUGGAAAAUACAGUUAGUGUUGGGAAUGUCUUUACAGCUAAGCUGUGGGCACUUGUUAAAAAUACCAAGCCAAGGAGAAUGUCAACAGUGAAUUUUGCAUGCAGUGAGUAGAAAUGGAACUGUAGGAAAUCCAGGAUGGGAAAAAACAAGGGAAAAACAGCAGGGGAAACAAACAAAAUCUAGUUUUUGGUUAAAGAGCUCUGAUGAGGCCUUAUACAUUUGAUGCUCAUUAGUUGGAGAAAACAUUACACCAUAAAUGGAACCGACACAGUUCUGCAUAUUCUUUAUCACACUAUCGUGCUGACCCAAACCGUACAAUGUUGACAAUACAUAAUUUUUUGGUUGUCAUUGUCCCAUUGUCAACAGUUUCAUCAACUAUAGUGGAUGUGUAACACACCACCCUCACGUGUAUAGUUCAACAGUACAGUAAAAUGUUACUUAAAUCCAACAGGUAUAAUGAAGUACAAUGCAGUCCAAAUGCAUUGAUCGAGAGCAACAACAUUACGCACCUGGUAAGAUCCCUCUUAUAAUAUCUUCAGUUUCAGCUCAUAACGAUCUUCAUUUUCAGCAACAUCUUCAAAUAAAGGUGAAAUAAAUACAAUUUAUCAUCAGCUAUUUUGAGGCUGUUGAACAAAUGUAUGCCUACAAAUAUCUAAAGUUGAUUAUACACGUAUAAUAUACGUUGUAUUAUAUUAUUCUUUACUAAAAUAAAUCGUUAUACUGUUGGCUUGAAGUGUUACCUGAAAUUAGGAAGACAUGUGCCUAUACUUCUUUAAACAGCCAUCCACAGUACAGUAUUUAGUUACAUAAAAACAACAAAACCUUUUAUAGGAUUCUUUUCAGUUAGAAAAGCACAUUUCAUGAAUAUCUUUUGGGGGGGAUUUCAAUGAAUGCAUUUUAGCUAAUCUCUACCACAACUGAUAAUUAAGUAAUUCUGCUUCCAGUGAUGAUAAUGAAGAUUGAGGUUAUUUUCUUUAGUAAUGGCUGUCGUCGUUAAGGAAACAUAAUUAUUUGUUAACUGCCUUGCUAAAUGGAAUUUUAAAGAGAUAUCGAAAUCUCGUCAGGCCUGCCUCGAAGUUCUAAUAAAUAUACUUUUAAUUAAUCAUUGCCAGAGAUCAUCUGCACUUGGAUGAGACCCAAAGGGAGAGACUUUGCUUUACCACAAAAAUGUGUGUAUACAAAAAGAUAUAUACACAAAUUAAAACUAUCGUCGAUAAUAUUAUGAGUUUGUUCUAUAUUUCUUUGGUAUAGAAAGUUGUAUUUUAUCCAUGAAGCAUUUCAUUUGCACCCAUUCUUAAUUGACUCAUUUGCUGUUCUUGUUACGGUAUUAGAGUACUGCAAACCUUUAGGUUAUAGUGGAGACUUAAGGUGUGCAUGUCUUCAUGUCAUAUAUCCCACCUGUACAGCUGUACCUGUACAUUAUUACUUGUGAGGGACGUACUAAAUUACGAGAAACAAAAAAUAGCCCCGUUUCAGACUGAUUGGAUGCAUAAUCACUUUUUGUGAAUAGCAGCAAAUAGUGUAACGGUGGGUCCUGGCAGUACCUUGACGGUCUUUCAAAAGAAAUAUCUAAAAUGUCAUCUUGAUAAUUAAUGCCACGAAAUAUUGAUGUCAUAAUUCAUUUUAUUAAAGAACUUAAGCGUUUAGGAGUACCUGCACGUCUCUUUUAGUGGCUUAUAUAUAUUUUUUCUAUUUUACAUUUAUGUAAACAACUUUGUGAUUAUUUGGUUGAUGGUUUUUUUUUUUUUUUUUUACGAAAGCAUUGUAUGUACGCACGGCUUGUUUUCACUCUGAUCUAAGAAAUAUUACACCCGGUGAAUAUCAAAGUGGCCUUGCCUGUUAGGAAAAGAGAAAAUGGACAAACUGGUGUCAGGUGACUGAUGAUGUGUUCACAAAGAGGGCAUCCUCAGUCUCAGCAGGACUUGUGUCAGUCUCACCGUAGACUGACGACAUUCUGACCCCAACACAACUCAACACUGCUCAGCAGACAAUCACUGCUCUGUUCCCACGCCCCCCCAACUCAGCCAGUCUUGUGUAUUUGUGCAUAGAGAGAGGAAACUGAAACUCACAUUUUUUUUGUAAAGGAAAUGUAAAAGGAAAUGCCGACAAUGGCUCUUGACUGUAAGUCACCUGUUCAACUUUCAAUAAAGUCAUAAAUACUGUUUCAUUCUA